UUUGACUAUCCGUUGGAUGGGGGUGUCAUGCCUUGGCCUAGAACUAGAGGAGGACAUCGAGCGUCCACCACCACAAGGCUAGGCUCCUCGGGAAGCCACUACACUCCACUGCCAGUCUGCCACACUCCUGCCACUGCGAGAGAAAGACAAGCAGGACGCCAUGCCUUUGUCCUCCUCGUCCUCCGUCGAGCCGGACCACCACGCUACCCAAGGCGACACCGAGGGCGCCGUCUCGUUCAUGGGAAGGCAGCACCACGUCGACGCGGUGUGCGACAAGUACGGCGUCCCCAAGGACCGGUACACCGCGCGCCCCGCCGGCGACCUGCGCGCGAGCUCGCCCCCGCCGCCGGGGUGCGUCUGCGUGUACUCGGAGGCGCUGGAGGCCGGGAUGCGCUUUCCGCUCAAUGGCUUCUUCUGCGACGUGCUCGCCCAUUUCGGCAUCGCGCCCAACGGGUGGCGCAUCUUGGCGGGCUUCCUCGUGCUCUGCCACUCAGCCGGCGUGCCGCCGUCGCUGCCCGUGUUCCGGUACUUCUUCCUGCUGUCCAUCGUCAACCACAAGCACAGGGGCUGCUACGUUUUCCGAUCCAGGGACACCUCCGGCCUGCGCUUCAAGGGGAUGCCGAGCUACAUCAAGGACUGGAAGAACUCGUUCUUCUUCCUCUCGUCGCCGGAGCCGUGGCCUUUCCCCGUGGAGUGGGGCGAGCCGUCCAAGAGCUCUUUCAUGGAGCCGGUACUUGACAGCGAGGGGAAGAAAUACGCGGCGAAGCUACUGCGCAGUUACGCCGGCGGCGCCGUUGACAUCAACACAUGCCUCUCCGACAGCAACCUUGCAGCCGCCAUGGCACCUGCCGCAUCUGCACCGCCGCCUUCUUUUACUCGCAUUGCUUCCGAUUCCAAAGGCAUGGAUCCCUCCGUCUACGAGAUGAUGAAGAAUAUGCUGGCGGAGAAGGCGGCCGCUCAGGCGUCGGCGUCGGCAAAGAAGGCGAAAGCCGAGCCGGACAGCCACGCGCCAGGGUCGCCGCCGUUGUGCGCAAAGAAGAGGAAUCUGGAGGAAGCCAACAGUGUAGAGGAGCCGCCUCGUUCUCUGCUGAACACGCCGCCGCUGUCCGGGAUGUGCUCGCCACCGCCGGGGUUCCCCAUCAGCCACGACGGAGACGGCACGGGCUGGGAGGCUGCACGGGAGCUGCUGCAGGGCGCCGUCGCGCCACCGCAGCACCGCGCGUUUGCGGCGAAUGAGCCGUCGGAUGUGGUCGCGGCGAGCUAUGUUGCGAUCCUCCAGGUAUGCCGUGCCAGCAAAUGCGGCGUCAAAUUCUUCACCGGUGGGCGGCAUGUCCGGAGUCUUCUGAUCGAUCAUUGUGAUUUGUGUGGAGGCGGCGAACUACGUGUCGACCUCCUUGGACGACGCGCUGGAGCUGGAAGAGAAGCUGGCGGCGCGGGACGCGGAGGUCGCGGCGCUAGAGAAGCAGCUGGCGGAGACGAAGGGCGAGCUCGCCGCGGCGAGGGCGGAGCGGGACAGGGCGAGAGGGGCGCGCGCUGGAGCGCUGGAGGAGUGGUACGAGAUCGGCCGCGUCGCUGCGAGACUCGUUGUCCCGUGCACAAAGAAAAUGGACUAUGCCAUUGUCAGUUCCUCAACAUAUGCUACAUUGAAUUGUUAAAAUCGCGACCCAAGUUUCUUAGUUUCGUCAAGUCUUGCACACCUGAACGAGGGAGAAGAAGCAUGCAUAGUCUCUGAAACGUGAAA